AUGCGACUUGUGAAAGCUGUAAAUCUGAAAUUGUUCUCUUGUGGGACGAGCAAAGAAGGUGAAUCCCACCUUGUUGAAUGGAAUGAGAGAGAAGGAGCCGUCAAGAAGACAUACUCUGGUUUUAGGAAACGGUCACUGGGUGUGGUGCAAUUUGAUAGAAGGAAUCGUUUCUUAGCUGCUGAUGAUGAGUUUCAGAUUAAGUUUUGGGACAUGGAUAAUAACCACGCGAUAACUUUCACCGAUGCUGAUGGGGGAUUGCCUGGAAGUCCUAGCCCGAGAUUCAACAAAGAAGGAUCACUGCUUGCUGUUACAACAAGAGAAAAUGGAAUCAAAAUAUUGGUGAAUACAGAUGGACAAUACUUGUUGAGGAUGCUGGAGAGCAGAACAUUCGAGGAAUCCAGGGCUUUCUCUGAACAAGUCAAUCCUGCAAUUGAUGGUUCUUUGGGCCCUAUUGGUCAUGUUGCUGCCCCUGUUGCUUCAAUUCUUGAACGAACCGACAGAAUUCAACAAUCAUUAUCCAUUGGAAAUCUUGCUGCCAUGGAUGGAAGCACAAUAGCUGAUGUCAAACCAAGGAUUUCAGAUAAUGCUGAUAGAAUUAAAUGCUGGAAGUUUUCUGAUAUAGCUGAGGCAAAUCAACUCAAGACGCUAAGGUUGCCUGACCCUCUGGCUGCUAGCAAGAUUUUGCGUUUGCUUUACACAAAUUCUGGUCUUGCUCUGUUGGCGUUGGGCUCUAAUGCUCUUCAUAGGCUCUGGAAAUGGCAGCGCAGUGAACGGAAUCCUUCUGGAAAGUCUAUUGCAUCCAUCAUUCCUCAGAUGUGGCAGCCAAGUAGCAGGGCUCUCCUGUCCAAUGAUCUAAGUGAAGCCAAACCAGCAGAAGAGUCACCCGCAUGCAUUGCUUUAUGA